AGGAAAUAAAUAUCACUUUUCCUGUUGGGUUUACUCGUGUCAUUUGAUUUUCUAGGUUGCCCUUCACAUACGAGGAUGCCAAACUGGGGAGGUGGAGCCAAAUGCGGCGCCUGUGAAAAGACAGUGUACCAUGCUGAGGAGAUUCAGUGCAAUGGAAGGAGCUUCCACAAGACCUGCUUCCUCUGCAUGGCUUGCAGGAAGGCUCUGGACAGUACCACGGUGGCAGCUCACGAAUCUGAAAUCUACUGCAAAACUUGCUACGGGAGAAAAUACGGCCCCAAAGGCAUUGGCUUCGGACAAGGGGCCGGAUGCCUCAGCACCGACACCGGGGACCAUCUGGGCCUGAACCUGCAACAAGGAUCACCAAAGCCUGCUCGCCCCUCUACACCAACUAAUCCUUCCAAGUUUGCCAAAAAGAUGGUUGAUGUGGAUAAAUGUCCUCGCUGUGGCAAGUCGGUGUAUGCUGCAGAGAAGAUAAUGGGAGGAGGAAAACCUUGGCAUAAAACAUGCUUCCGCUGCGCUAUCUGUGGAAAGAGUUUGGAAUCUACAAACGUUACAGACAAAGAUGGAGAGCUCUACUGUAAAGUUUGCUACGCAAAGAAUUUUGGUCCCAAAGGAAUUGGUUUUGGCGGCCUCACUCAAGUGGAAAAGAAAGAAUGCGAGUGAAAAGAAGUGGAUGCAACAGAGUCAAUCUGCUGUUGAUGUCAGCAGACAACAGCUGUCAAGUAAAACAAAAACAUCACCUACUGCUAAUAACCUAGGGCAUUUGUUAAACGUUUUCCAUCUUGCAAGAAAAACUUGCGAGCUUGUAUCUUGAGAAAUUCUUAGAACAGCUUAAAAAAGGUACAAUGAUCAGGUCAGAUUCAUGUUUACUUUAUGGCGAAUAAAGACAAGAACUUCUGUUCAUGGAACAUUAUUGCAUCUUGUACCAGUAUUUACCACAGUUCAGACUCGGAUGUUAAAGAGUCAGCAUACUGUCCCAUUCAGAGAUACCCUAUGAAUCACAAGGGUUCGAGUCUUCUGAUUUAGGCCAGUUUCCUCGUAGUGUUUUGAAGAUUUUGAUGUUAUUUCUACUAAGGCAGAGUAGAGGUUAUUCACUUUGGCACGAGUUAGAAGUAUUUGAAAUCCUCUCUCUAAAAGGGAGAUCUUUCUGAAGAAAAAGCAAGCAUCCUUAGAAUACAGUGUUUAAGUUUUGUUAUUGUAUGCUUUCGAGCUACAAUAAAGUACUCAUAUUGCUUCACAUUUUUGUUUACUUCAAUUUGCUCGUGCUUUAUGUUCCACGGUGCCACAGACUACUGCAUUACAGGGAGAAGAAUUACAUCUCCCAUUCCUUAACUGCAAGAAUUCUGUCUCAACACACUGUUUUAUUCUAUGUUGUCAGUUCAAGACAGCAUUUAACUUUGAUUUUCUGAUCUCAGUCUGCUUUCCUGCUAGUUUUUAUUACGAAGUAUUUUGACUUCCAACACACUGCCCAGCCCGCCUCUCUGGAAUGGUGCUGCAGCCUUUGCAUCUUGGAAACGUGACUGACACGGUAGCUAUUAUAGAUCUAUGCACUCAGGUGAGAAUAGUUGCCUUUUUCAUAUAUGCUGAUAUUUUCUAUCAUCUAGUUAUCAAUUUUCAUAAGCUAACACGGCAUACACACAAGCAAAAUGUAAGGCAAACAGUUGGGCUUAUAGUUUUGCACUUAGCUGUUCUUAAAUACUUCCCUGGUCAUAGAUCUCAUGAAUCUGU